UGUAAUAGACAGUAGAUUUCACCUUGAUUUUCGACUCCGAGUUUCAGCUCAUUUCACCUAGCGUUCCUCUGCAACGCCCGCCGUCAUUCAAACUCGCCUCGCCGCUCGCUGCAACUCAGUCUCACCUUUGCCUUGUCGCACUCCCCAUCCCUACGACGGUACAUAGCAGCAAGAAUCUAACCAUGGGCCGUUUUGGCCCGGCCGCGCUGAUCGCGUGCGCGUCGCUACUGGUCCUUCUCGCGGCACCAACGGUGAAGCCCGACGACUCCGAGCAUCCGCUACUAGCUGCUAACGCGGAUGGCGACGAGGGCACCUGGCAGGAGCAAUCCCACUCUCAAUCGCUGAUCUCCAACGCACUCCCAACCUCACCCGUGCCCAACUCCGCCUACCGCCUACUCAAGUCCGCCACCACCCACACGAGUUCCCCCGCGCGCGCAAGCUCCUCCGCCCGCGGAAGCCCCGCGACAACCGCGAGCAAGAAGAAGGGGGGCAAAAAGCAGGAGCAGUCGGUUCAAUCGGUGUCAUCUGUCGCCACGUCAGCAGGAACAGGAACCGCCCGUAAGACGUCGGCCGCCAAGGGGAAGCGCAAGCGGGGGAAACGGGGAAAAACGGGGGGUGCGGUGAAAGCGACUGACGCAGAUAGUUCGCUGCAAAGCGGCGCGGGGACGGCGACGAAGAAAGGGAAGAAGACGACGAAGAAAGGAAAGAAGUCGACGAAGCAAGUCAAGAAGCCGGCUGUUUCGGCAGGCAAAAAGGGGUCCGCUGGAAAGAGGAAGCCCGGCGGGCACAAGUGGCCUCGCAAGGGCGACAAAAACUCCCCUGCGACGAAAUCUGCAUCUGCGACCAAGACGGCGACGAAGCCUGCGAAGACUUCGCCAGCGUCUGGAAAGAAAGGCAGCGGCCGCAAGUCUGGCAAGGGGAGCAAGAAGAGACCAACUGCUGCGACUGCCCUUGCAGGUAUCCCUACCUCCGCUUCUGCCGGCGGGAAGUCCGGCGGGGGCAAAGGCAAGUCCAAGUCAAGCAAGUCGAGCUCGUCUGAAGGAUCCGCCUCUCGUGCCGCAACUCCCGCUCGGUCGUCUAAGAACGGCAAGAAGAAAACGACCGUUCCUGACACAAAGGGAGAAAAGUCAACGAAGGCAGGCAAGUCAACGAAGUCGCCCGCGUCGUCCUCUGGAGAAGGCGCGUCGAAAUCGGGAAAGGGACCCAAGGGUUCGGGCGCAGAUGCGUCCACGCCAAGCAAGGGCUCGAAGCCAUCCACCAGCCCCAAAUCGCCGCCUCCCAAGGAUCAAAGCUCUGAUGCCGGCUCGGAUGAUUCAGGCUCGGAUGCAACACCCUCUCCUCCCGCUUCUCCCGCCAAGCCAAGCACGGGGAAGAAGAACAAGCCAGCGCCGCCAGCAGUCGACACCGAUAGCGAACCUGCCACUAACGAGGAUGGGGGGAGCCCGUCUCCGGCUCCUCCUGCGCAGAUGGUGUGUGAGAAGCACAAGGGGCAGCAGCUGAUGGUGAUGGAUGGAAAUCUUUUCUUCACCGGUAAUGUGGAGAAAUGCGAGGCUGCUUGUAUCAAGGAUGCCACCUGCCUCAUGUACACCUUCUCGGGACUCAGCUGUCAGCUAUUCACGGCUAAUAUGACGGCGAGGCCUGUCAAGGCAUGCUUCUCGCGUAAGUGCCAGUGGGGGAAGUGUAGAGACGCGGAGGGUGAUGGUAGCGAGGAGGACACUAGCGGGGAUAGCAGUGGUGGGGAUGAGAGUGGGGGAGGUGAUGAUGGGAGCAGUGGGAGUGACUCCAGUGGAGAUGACAGUAGUGGGGGGGAUUCAAGUGCGGACGAUGGCUCUAGUGACUAUGAUGGGUCAUCGGGCGACGAAUCUGGUGCCGAUAGUGGUGGGACCAUCGACUAUGGGGAGUAAUUGAAGGCUUGGCGAAUGGAAUACAACUGGGUAACGAAGCCAGUGCUGGCAAGUACAGCAAGGUUCUAACAAGGUGAACUACUUCUUGGUUUGUCUGGGCGGCUAACCGAACUCACCACCAUCAGCGGUUCCCUAAGUGUGUGAAGCAUAGGGUUGCUCCAAUUUAAAUGCUAUUGCAUUUUUAUGAUAAAUGUUAAAUAGAAACAUUUAUGUAAA